CGCCGGGCGGCCCCGCAUGCCGCGUCGCUCAUCUUAAAAAAAAAAAAAAAAGAAAAUUUUCUACUCGCGGGUCAAGGCAGCCAAUCGGCGUCCAGCGCCCGGUUGCCUGGCGUCGUUGCCGCUAAGCGGGAAGUAUGGCGGCGCCAGGAGCAGCGGCGGCGGCAGCGAGGGCCGAGGCUCUCUCGCCAGAUGCGGGGGGCUUGGUAGUUAAUUGGUCGGGUCAAGGGUUGCAAAAACUGGGUCCAACCUUACCCUGUGAUCCUGAUACUCAUACUCUGAUUCUGGAUAAAAACCAGAUAAUUAAAUUGGAACACCUGGAAAAAUGCAGGAACCUGAUGCAGCUAUCUGUAGCCAACAAUCGUUUGGUACGAAUGAUGGGUGUAGCAAAACUGACUAAGCUCCGGGUGUUAAAUUUGCCUCAUAACAGUAUUGGGUAUGUGGAAGGGCUGAAGGAUCUGGUGCACCUGGAAUGGCUGAACUUGGCAGGAAAUAACCUGAAGGCCAUUGAACAAAUCAAUUGCUGUCUAUCUCUUCAGCAUCUUGAUUUAUCAGACAACAACAUAUCUCAGUUAGGAGAUCUCUCCAAGCUUAUAUCUCUAAAGACUCUAUUGCUGCAUGGAAAUAUUAUAACCUCACUUCGUACUGCCCCUGUUUGCCUACCUCAGAAUCUGACUGUUUUUUCUUUGGCAGAAAAUGAAAUCAGAGACUUAAAUGAGGUUUCUUUCCUGGCUUCUCUUCCUCAAUUGGAACAAUUGUCUGUUAUGAACAAUCCUUGUGUGAUGGCCACACCUUCGAUCCCUGGCUUUGACUAUCGGCCAUAUAUUGUCAGCUGGUGUCUGAACCUUAAAGUUCUUGAUGGAUAUGUGAUAUCUCAGAAGGAAAGUUUGAAGGCAGAAUGGCUCUACAGUCAAGGUAAAGGAAGAUCAUAUCGGCCUGGACAGCAUGUUCAGCUAGUCCAGUACUUAGCUACUGUUUGUCCUCUUAUAUCUACAUAUGGUCUUCAGACUGAAGAGGAUGCCAAACUGGAAAAAAUUUUGAGUAAGCAAAGGCUCCACCAGAGGCAGUUGAUGCAUCAAAACCAAAACGAAGGACCGCCUACAUCUUCCGCUCCCAACAAAGCACUGACAGUUACAUGUGAACACAGCACUCCGGCCCAGCCACCACAGAUAGUUCUUGAAAGUGAACCUGUCAUUCAGAAGAAUUCUUGGGUUGGACCAAGUGCAAAUGAUGAUCAUUCCUAUGCAGUAAAGAACACUUUUCCUCUUGAAAGAAGUUGUCGCAAGGAGCUGUGCCUUGAAGAUAUACAGACUGAUGAGGAUAAACUAAACAGCAGCCUUCUAUCCUCAGAGUCUACGUUUAUGCCGGUUGCUUCAGGAUUGUCUCCACUGUCCCCUACUAGAGACCUGAAACUACAUGGAAUCAGUUUGGACCUAGAGGAAGAUGGCAAUACAGUAAUUGAAUCUGUGAAAGAUAUUAAUAGAGAAGAACAAACUCACAAGCAAGAAGAAGCUUUUUGGGUUACACGAGAGCACUUCAACAAAACAGCGGAAAGUAUGGAAACUGAAGAGACUAUUAAAGAGAGUAAGUUGUUGUCGUCUCCUGGUCCGGUAACAGCUAACCUGACUGCUAAUAGGUGCAGCAGUUCAGCAUCCUGUGAAGAUCACAUUCUGUGUAACCACCCCAGCACAUCACUACAUGCUGAGUCAAUAGUUAGAACUCUUUGUUCUGACCAGAUGGCAGAAAAAAAUUCUGAUUUGUUAGCUGGUGUUAAUGAAGGUGCAGCUGAGCUGCAACGAAUGACUAAAGCAGCUACAAAGCUGCAAGCCUGCUGGAGAGGAUUCUACACAAGGAACUACCAUCCUCGAGCCAAGGAAGUACGGUAUGAAAUUCGACUAAGCAGAAUGCAGGAACACAUCGUUUGCUUAACUGAUGAAAUAAAAAAACUAAGAAAAGAAAGAGAGGAAGACAAGAUUCAAAGGCUUGUACAGGAGGAGGCAGUCAGAUUUCUUUGGAACCAGGUUAAAUCCCUUCAACAAUGGCAGCUUUCAGUGACCCAAAAUUUAGGUGCUACUUUGCAACCUGGAGUCCCUUCAGCCAAUACUUUUUGUCCUUCUGAACCAUCUCUUCGAUCAUCCACACUUCAGCAAGAAACCUCGACAGAUGUUAGUUCUGCUUGGUUAAUUCCAGCUAGUGAUGCUCCUCAGGAAAAAUCUGUACUGCAGUUCCCAGAUUCUGGUUUUCAUUCAUCUGUAGCUGAUCAAACUCUUGCAAGUGACUUGUGUAGCUCUGAAAAGAGUUUUACAGAAAGAGCUGAAAGUUCUCUUUCUAUGGAAACAGUCAAACAGUGUGGCAGUUCUGUUUCAGAUUAUCCUUCCGAUGUAGAGGAUGGCCAGGGGGAACACGGGGAAAGUAAAGAUUGCUCUACUAGUGAGCAGGACAACAGUCUUCUACAACAAUAUUUGAAAUCUGUUCAGCAGCUGGAAGAGGCUGAUGAUGGAACAAAUUGUGAUGGUGGAACAGAGGGUAGUGACCAACAGAUUGCUAUUUCAACAGAAAACCAAGAUUUUUCUUAUGAUACUGUCUCUGUAGAUGUCCCUCAGGGUACACCUUCCCCUGCACAAGGUGAAAUUGGUCAGACAUCAGAAAGCUACAAACUGAAUUCAGAAAUAGUAGAAGGGAAGCAAACAGACUGUGAUUCUUCAUUUCAGAUGCUGCAUGUUGGCAUAGCUGUAUAAUAAAUGCAGUCCUAUGAAGGACAAGGGAUUCCAUUUCAUUCUUUUUUUUUCUUUUUGUUUCCUCAUUUAUACAAAAUUUACAUUUUUUUGUGUGUGCUGUUUUGGAUUUUAGACUUUUGUUACCGAUUUAUGUUUUAAUUAGCGUUUUCUGAUCUUGCUGAAGACUGACACUAACUAUGCUAACCUCAAAUCAGCAAAGCUCUUUGUGGUGGUCAUGAUGCACUUUAUUUUUGCAUAUCUGAAUGAUACCUUAAUAACUGGGUUCCAUGAAAUAAAUUCUGAAGAUCUUGGGGAUAUUUGCUGUAAACUCAGUUCAAUGAUUGUGUUAGUGAAUCUUUGAAUUUUUUUCUAAAAAGCAGGCUUGAGUUCUUACGCUGUGAAAAGAAGGAAACAAUGUGGGAAGAAACUGAGCCAGUGUAGACAGUCUGUGUUUGUAUGGAUACAACCUGAGAAGAAAGAUGAAAGUAGUUCUUUCAGACCUUUUGUUGACUUUAACAGGAGUAAUUUUGUCAGUGUUUCAAAGAUGGGUUUUCUCAAGGCAGUGUUCCAAAUCAGUGACUUCUACUUGUCCUUUAGCUCAGGUUGCUGCCAAGCAAUUAGGUUAGUUAGAGGCACAGAAACAGACUUAAAGGAGUCUAGCCUGAGGAACUUCAAACAAAUUUUGGCCUUUGUUUUCCCUGGGGUUUAAUUUUCUUGUUCUUUCUCAGGUAAGACACAAAGUGGAACCAGUAACAGACUUUAUUUAAUAAAGAGUUUCAAAAGAGCUUGUGAGCUGGGAACAUGCUUUUCAGGACUGCAGUGCUGGGUUACACUAGCAGACUUGGUGACAUGUAAUUGGCCUCCAGAAGGAUGCCACUCUCAUCUUGGGACUGGGAUCUGCAUGACUUCUAAGACAUCAGUGUGUUUGAUGGAUCACAACUCCUUCUGUCUUCAGGUAUAAAUACUAAAUGUCAUGAGUUAAAACUAUUCCUUGUCAUUUCUGCUGGGUUUAU